AUGGCCACUAAUUGUGCUACUCUGUUUGGUAACUGCGUGGGAAUAUCAAGUCUUACCCUCCUGUUUCACCUUCCCAUCUCGUCUUUCCGUCUCACCUUCACGUUCAUUCCUCUCAUCUCACUUUUCUCGUCUCACUCUCUAAUCACACACUCCAACCUCACCUUCCUGUCUCUCAUCUCACCCGUCCCCUUACCCUCCCGUCACACCCUCCCGUCACAACCUCCCUUCACACCCUUCUUUCACACCCUCCCGUCUCCCCUUCCUGUCUCCCUCCGGUAUCUCAUUGUCCCGCCUCACCCUCCAGUCUCACCCUUCCGUCACAUCCUCCCGUCACACCCACGCUUCACACCCUUCCGUUACACCCUCCCUUCACACCCUCCCUUCACUCCCUCCCGUCACACCCUCCCGUCACACCCUCCCGUCAUACCCUCCCGUCACACCCUCCCGUCUCCCUUCCUGUCUCCCUCCGGUAUCUCACCAUCCCGCCUCAUCCUCCCGUCACACCCUCCUGUCUCCCUCCGGUAUCUCACCAUCCCGCCUCAUCCUCCCGUCUCCCCUUCCUGUCUCCCUCCGGUAUCUCACCGUCCCGCUUCACCUUCCCGUCACACCCUCCCGUCUCCCAUUCCUGUCUCCCUCCGGUAUCUCACCGUCCCGCCUCAUCCUCCCGUCUCCCCUUCCUGUCUCCCUCCGGUAUCUCACCAUCCCGCCUCAUCCUCCCGUCACACCCUCCCGUCACACCCUCCCGUCACACCCUCCCGUCUCCCCUUCCUGUCUCCCUCCGGUAUCUCACCGUCCCGCUUCACCUUCCCGUCACACCCUUCCGUCACUCCCUCCCGUCUCCCCUUUCUGUCUCCCUCCGGUAUCUCACCAUCCCGCCUCAUCCUCCCGUCACACCCUCCCGUCACUCCCUCCCGUCUCCUCUUCCUGUCUCCCUCCGGUAUCUCACCAUCCCGCCUCAUCCUCCCGUCACACCCUCCCGUCACACCCUUCCGUCACACCCUCCCGUCUCCCCUUCCUGUCUCUCUCCGGUAUCUCACCAUCCCGCCUCAUCCUCCCGUCACACCCUCCCGUCACUCCCUCCCAUCUCCUCUUCCUGUCUCCCUCCGGUAUCUCACCAUCCCGCCUCAUCCUCCCGUCACACCCUCCCAUCACACCCUCCCGUCACACCCUCCCGUCUCCCCUUCCUGUCUCCCUCCGAUAUCUCACCAUCCCGCCUCAUCCUCCCGUCACACCCUCCCGUCACACCCUCCCGUCACACCCUCCCGUCUCCCCUUCCUGUCUCUCUCCGGUAUCUCACCAUCCCGCCUCAUCCUCCCGUCACACCCUCCCGUCACUCCCUCCCGUCUCCCCUUCCUGUCUCUCUCCGGUAUCUCACCAUCCCGCCUCAUCCUCCCGUCACACCCUCCCGUCACUCCCUCCCGUCUCCCCUUCCUGUCUCUCUCCGGUAUCUCACCGUUCCGCCUCAUCCUCCCGUCACACCUUCCCGUCACACCUUCCCGUCACACCCUCCCAUCACACAAUCCCGCCUCACCCUCCCGUCACACCCUCCCGUCAUACCCUCCCAUCACACCCUCCCGUCACACCUUCUCGUCUUACAGUACGGUCGCUUCCUUCAAUCUCUGCCUUUUGUUGACCGCCUCCGUGGUCUAG